GUCACCACUACUAUAGAAACGAUGUGUUAACAAAGGUGAAGAUACCAUCUGGCAGUAGAAGAUCAUGGAAAGUUGAGAGAGGAGGCAACAUCUCGAGUCUGGCAGGGUCAUCAUAACAGCUCAUCUAACACAAGAACACUGGUUACAGUUCCAUUUUUAACCUGUAAAGAUGUCUCAGGAAGUUGACUGGUUACAUAGCCAAGCAGGUGUGUGUAAAGUAGAUCUCUACAACCCUGAUGAACAGAAGGACCAGGACCGGAAAGUGAUCUGUUUUGUAGACAUUUCCAGCCUGAACGUAAAGGACAAAGAUUCAAAAGCAAAGAAAGCCGCUAGCCAGUCCAGUAGCAUCUCUGAACCUUCAAAUGAACUUGAUCUGGGGAAUCUGGAGGAAAAAGAAGUCAUUGUAAUAAAGGACAAUGAGAAGCAUGAUCAUUCUAAAACUAAAGGAGCAGUAUGUCUUUUCAAACAAGGUUCAACCGAUGAACUCAGUGUUGUGAGCUGGCUCAACGAUGACCUUCAGAAAUAUGCAAAUGGACUCCAGCAUGCACUGACCCCUUCAGAUGCCCCUCAGAAACACAAAGAUAGCAACACUUUCAUUGAUUCAUCGUUGUCCCAGAAAAGCGACACAUCUUUAAAGUCUGCUGGUGCCCAAAAGGGAAGAAGAGAUCCAGAUAAUAUUUCAUGCUAUGUAAAUAAGCUCUGCUCUUUGGUUUUUCAAAUGGCACGUAAAGAGAUCACAGAUAAAUUGGAAGGUGCUGCCAGUAAGUGUAUACACCAGGAAAUUCAUGACUCUGCUGUUGAAGGGAAAAGUAACAAUUCCCGUGGUUCUGUGAACAAAACUGCAUCACAAACAGUGAAUGAAUGCACUGCAGCAAGCACACAGAAACCCCAGAGUAAACUACCAUCCCCCAGGCCAUCUCAAGAAAAGACUACCAAGAAGGAAGAUACUCCAGGUUCUAAGAGAACAUCACUCUUCUAUGGUGAGAUGUCUAAUCAAAGUGGCUGUAGACAGGGGGAAGACUCUGGAGAUAAACAAAUGUGUCAGCAAGCAAAACAAUCUGGGCAGGAUGAUUCUGGUACUUCUGUGAGCAAGGGGUUAAUGGUUUAUGCAAAUCAGGUUGCUUCAGACAUGAUGUUCUCAUUUAUGAAGACCAUGAAAGUCCAAAGGAAGGAUGGUAAGACACUCCCAGCUUGUGUAGUUUUGAAGAGAGUAAUCCUCAAACACACCAAAGACGUCAUAUCAGACUUGAUAGACUCAACUAUGAAAAAUUUGCAUAAUGUCACAGGGGUGCUCAUGACAGACUCUGACUUUGCUUCCACAGUGAAGAAGAAUCUAUAUAACAUGGGAAGCCAGAAAUCUAUUGAAAUUUUGGAAGUAAUGGUAAGACGGCUGUAUAAUGUCCUUGUAGCAGAGCAAAACGAUAAGGGACAGUCCAAGUCUCACAGUCUAGCGUAUACCAUACUGAAAACAGCCUUCCCAUCAGAUUCAAAAUCUCAAAGCAUGCAGUUUGCAACACUGAAAACACAAAAGAAGGAUAAGGAAAAAGCAAAGCCAAAAAUGUUUACCUGUGCUGAGAAAGUAAGUGAGCACAUAAUUAAGGAGGGACUAACCAUGUUGCAUUCCAAACAAACGGCAAGCAAAGUUCCAGAAAAGGUAAGAGGGAGUCAAGAAAAAAAGCCAGAAAAGGUCAGCACCUCAAUAGAGUCACUAGCAAAAGACCUCACUGUGACAGCAUUAAUGUUGAUACAACAGCACUUAAUCCAACAGACAAACAGUGGCAGAGAUUCAAUCGCUCAUGAUUCGGGCACUUCUUCACUUGGGUUUGUUUCUCGUGAAUCUCAUUUUGAAAAGGCUGGGAAAAGCCAAAGCUCCAAGUCUCUUGCAAUGACUGCUGGGUCAAGGAAUUUUCCCCAAGAGCUCAACUCCCAGAAGGGUGAUAUAUCAAGUAUCCUCUUAUCAAUCAUCCAGAAGGUUUUACGUGAGGCUGGUUUCAAUAUAGAUGACAAUUCCAGUGAGACAAACAAGAGUUUUAAACAGGUUGCCACUACUGAUAGUGAGUCCAGCAAAAAGGCCUUAUCUACACAGCCCAAUUCAACAAUAGAUCAGUUUGACAACAUGGAUCAAGUAAACAAAAAAUUUAUUGACCAACUGGUGGAAUCUGUGAUGAACUUGUGUUUAUUCAUGACUAAAUGCAACAAUUCUGAUUUAGCGAUAGGUGACCUAUCAGAUGAGCAAAAUGCAUCUGGUGCCUCAUUCUCAAGAAACAAAUCCACAGCUUUUGAUAAGGAAGGGUCAAGGGAAGCUUCACAAGUGAAGUCAAGUGGAAAACAGCUAUCAGAUUUAUCAUCCGGUUCUGAAGUGAUAGUGAACAACCAGAAUGCCAACAGCAGCACACAGAACAAGGAGCUCCAGGCUAUCCUCCAGUGGAUGGCUGCUUCCCACUUUAAUGUGCCCAAUCUGUCAUUCAUGAAUGAAGAGGAAGGGAAUUUGAAAAAGCUUCCUCUGUUGGCUGAAAAAGCAGCAAAGAAGGGCUGCAGCGUGGGCGAUAUUAUCCAAGAGGUAAUGAGGUACUUUGAAAAACAACAGAUUGAUGCCGCUGUGGGAAAUGUGUCUCGUUAUGGAUUGAUGGACUGGCUGCUUGCUAACCUGUGA